AUGAGAAAUGGAGGGAAUCAUGCAUGUGUCCCUUGGCUGAAUAGCCUCGUUUUUUCUGCUGGCCAAGGCAAGAAUGGAAUGAAUUCAUUGCCAGACAUCAAUAAUAGGAAACUGGAACAUAUUGCCUGCCAGCAGGUGGUCGGGUAUGGGAUGGGUGAUGUCAAUGAAAUGAUGGUACCCCAGGAGUGGAGGCACAAGGAAAGUAGAGAGACCUUUCCAGAAUAUAACCUAAAAGGCACAAAUUACAACAAAUCAUUUGCAAAAAGACAACAACAGCCAGAAAAGCCGAAGGAGAGCGAGUGGAAGAAAAAGAGAAAGAAAAAGACGGGGAAUGAGGUUCGUUCAUAUGGCGUGAACACAUAUAUCAAUCGAUUGUCGGUGCCAGCUGUGGCCUGCUGGUUCAGGAAGCGAGGUGAUCCAGGAAUCAGAGAUAUCUGCUGGUAUAAAAUCCUGGCUUCUCUCGGUAGCCUUCGUUAUCUCAUGGUUUCAUCCCAAUGA